AGAGUGAGCCCGUCAUUGCCAACAUUGUCGUAGUUUACUUCUUCUGAUUACUCGUGUCUUUCUUUUUUGUAAGACCGUUUUUUAAUAUCUACUUACAACUGUAGCUACAACACUGUCGUAUCGAUGCUCAAAGCUCCCGGUCCGUCCAAGGCGGUGCUCCUGGUCAACCUGGGCACCACCACCGCACCGACUGCCCCCGCGCUGCGCAGCUUCUUGGGCGAGUUUCUGGCGGACCGGCGUGUCAUCGACGUGCCGCGCUUUAUCUGGUACCCCAUUCUCUACGGUUUCAUUCUGCCCUUCCGCCCCGUCAAGAUCCUCCCGUUGUACAAUCACAUUUGGAUCAAGAAAAGCUCGGGCGUUGUGAUCAACGGAAAGACGGAAGGCUCUCCUCUGGCCCUCUACACCGAGAGCCUGACGGACCAGGUGCGUGCCAUCGUGGAGGCGCAGUCGCACGGCGACGUUGUGGUGCGUCACGCCAUGCGCUACGGUGCCAAAAACAUUCCCGCCGCUCUGAAGAGCAUGCACGAGGAGUUUCCUGGCAUUCACGAGUUGGUGGUGCUGCCGCUCUUUCCGCAGUACUCCUCCACGACCACCGCGUGUAUCUACGAUGAAGUGUUUCGCUUCUACUCCGAUAAGAACCGACGGUGCGUCCCGGGACUGCGCACCAUACGCGACUACGCUGACCACCCGGCGUACGUCGAGUCCGUCGCCACGAGUCUGCUGAGCGCGAUAAAAAAAUACGUGACCGCCAAGAUGUCCGCUGCCGCUGAUGGCUGGAAGACGGUGCUGGCGACGCACAUGGAGGACGUCGCCCUUGUGUUUUCGUACCACAGCAUCCCCAUUCGCUACGCGGAGGAGGGCGACGACUACCCGCAGCGGUGCGAGGCGACUACACGCGCGGUUCAGUUGUACCUCGAGAAGGAGACCGGCGUCCCCUUUGCCGACUCCAUCGUGCAUGUCUACCAAUCGCAGUUCGGCAACCAGCCGUGGAUUGGGCCGAAGCUCGUCGAGGCUGUUGCGGCGCUUCCGGCAGCACCGAGUGACGCUCGCAAGCAGAAAUUCUGCGAGGCCUGCCACAACACGGCUCUCGCGAAGAAACAGGUAAACGUGUGCUUUGCGAUUGCGCCGGGCUUUGCAGUGGACUGCGUGGAAACGAUCCACGAGAUUGCGGAGGACGCGAGUGGGCUGUUUAAGGAGCACGGUGGGCGUGAUUUCAUCUACGUGCCGUGCUUGAACGACAGUGAGGGGCAGGUGAAAGCCAUCACGGCUGUGUUGAAGGCGGCGGAGUGACCCGCUGUCCGCAUCAUCACGCAACGACCGCCUUCGCUGUGCGUUCGUUUUUUCUUCAUUUUCCUUUAUAACGAUCUUUUUUUUUUCGUGGAAGCAAGGACGGUUUCUCUUAUCUUACUCUAGCGCAUAAA